AUGAGCUCGCCUGUGGCGGGGGCGGGCGGGUGCACGGAGCUAAGUGCCUCGCCGCCCUCUCAGGAGUCGCUUAGGCGGCUCCCGUGGUGUACCUGUGUAGUGCCAGUGCGCGCCAGUCCCGCGUCGUCGGAAAAAUUCUUUCGCGCGCCAAUACCAAUGCUGCCACCUUUGCACUCAUCGCGCCAGACGUCGCGCCACGGCGACGUUGUGUUGUGCUCGACGGGCGACGACCCGGAUAUCGAGGCGACGGGCGACCCGAACAAGCGUUUUGAGGCCAAGCGCGCGGCGCUUGAGAGGCUGGUCUCGAGUGACGCUGGCAGCCCUGCUUCCGAUGAAGGUAAUCGGUCCGGCAACGAUGACGGCGUCUCUGCGAAUGAUGCCGAUCAAGAUUUACGGGUCGCAGAGCAACGCCAGGCUCCGGCGGGAGAUGAUCUGGAGAGCGGCUUGGCGGAGCUGAAGGCGGUGGGUGGGGCUGUGGGCGGCAAUCUUGUCCUGCUCGCUGAGAUCUGCGUCGGCGGGCUGCGAAGCCCGGCCGGUCUUCUCUCAGUUGCUCUCUUCGCCUUGCUGUACGCGUCUGGCGAGUUCGGGAGCCCGGCGCCCUUUGUCACCCAGGCGCCGAGCGAGGGAAACUACUACCGCCUGAUGGAUCCGGCUGAGCUCCUCCGCGCAGAGUCCAACUUUUGCUUCUCCUGCGCAGAUAGCGGAGCGGCAGAGCCGUCGGUGGUGGACGAGGCCAACGCUGCGUGGGAGCGGCUGCGAGGCGGCGCUGUCUCAUUGGCGCCGCGCCUUCGCCUCUCCCCUCCGCUGGCGAAGAGACUCUCCAUGAGAGGGCGCGGCAUGCGGCAGGAUAUAGCUGUGUGUGAUACGAUAUAUUACGGGACCGCACCGUGA